AUGGUUUCUAUCUGGAUUGCCUUCCUCUCUGCGUUUGCUGCUGCAGUCAGCGCUGCGCCAACCGCCAUUGCCGACAACAAUGAUGCUACCCUCAACAUCACCGACACCUUGGAUCGCAACCUCCGCAACGGCGAAAUUAUCGUUUUCGGAACGGGUGGUCGAACUGCCAUCAUCACCCAGGACACCUGGAAACUUUUAUUAAAGGUUGAGGGCAUUGAGGCUGAGACUCCAGAGAUUGACCAUGAUUUCCUUAGAUCUGGUGAUGAGUUCUCGGAGAUAUCCGUGAAUCACACUGAUCUCGCGCUUGGAAAACGUGACUGCAACAGCAACUAUCAGACCGUUGUUGAUCGCACUCAGCGCUUUGUUGACUGGGAUGUCCAAAUGUCUCCUGUUGUAAUCGGCGCUGGCAGUAAGGGUAUUGACAUUACCAUUUCCAAGUCAUACUCGAUUGCGAACAGCGUCCAGGUUUCUGCUGGUAUUGAUCUUGGUCUCAUCAAGGACCGACUCAAAACUAGCUUUGGGAUCAAUUACUCGCGUACUUGGACGACGACCCAGGGCUACCUCAUUCGCGGCACCGUCGAUAAUGGCUACACUGGUGUCGUUAUUACUCGCCCCUGGACCAACCGUAAAUACGGUCGCACCUUCCAGGGUUGCGUUGGAAGCCUCCGACAGACUGGAACUUUCAUGGCUGACAGCCACGAGGACGGCUCCUACGAGGGCGUUACUUGGGUCGGUGGUGCCAUUACUGCCUGCAUCAAGAGACAAAACUCCAUCCCAUUGUCUCGGUGUAAUGGUAGCGGCAACUUCCGAUAA